AAAACCAUUUACAGAUGUGGAAGAGUUGCAGAACACAGGCGUGUUCUAUUACACGUCUGCCUAUUUAUUUUAAAUGCAGUCUUAGGGGUGUAGGACCUCUUUGAGUGCUUAUGAUUUCAAUGCAAAAAAAAAAUGCAAAUCUAUAUAUAAUGUUUAAGCCCAUAGAAAUAAAAAAAAAAGUGUGCAUUUAUAUUUCUCGUAUACUUACUUAUGUGUCACAGUUUUUAAGUUUAAUACAAUGCCAAAACUUGUUUAGGAUAUUUCUGUAUUUAUUACUGUUUAGUUUUGAACAAAUAUUUAAUAGAUGAUGGCUGGUGGCACAGAGUUCAUAAUCCCAAAUGUACAUUUAUGUUCUUACAUUCUUUCUAAUCCAGUCUGCUUCUGUUCAUCUGUUUCAACUUUCUUUUUCUUAUCUUCAUUUCUUCUAUAUCUUCAUCAAGAUUCUGCUUUCUUCAUCUAAACCCGUCCAAAAGUCCUAUGUGCCCAAGCUUCACAAGGGUGAUGUAAAGGAUAAAUUUGAAGCUAUGCAGAAAGCAAGGGAAGAAAGAAAUCAAAGGAGAUCUAGAGAUGAAAAGCAAAGAAGAAAAGAACAAUAUGUUAGAGAGAGAGAAUGGAACAGGAGAAAGCAGGAGAUGAAAGAACUGCUUGCAUCUGAUGAAGAUGACGAUACAAAGUCAUCUAAGACAGACAAAGGUUAUGUUCCAAAGCUAAUAGGAACUGUUAAAGGCAAGUUUGCAGAAAUGGAGAAGCAAAGACAAGAAGAAGAAAGAAAAAGAACGGAAGAAGAAAGAAAGCGCAGAAUUGAGCAGGAUAUGAUUGAGAAAAGGAAAAUUCAAAGAGAAUUAGCCAAAAAAGCACAGGAGAUUGAUGACUUUAACAAUACGGGAACUGAAUCAGCAGCAGAGGAAGGGGAUGAUUCACUACUGGUUACAAUAGUGCCUGUAAAACCCAACAAAACACCUGGGAAGAUGAAAAUAAACUUUGAUGACACAGGAAAAGAAAGAGCAGAACAAAAAGGCAGACCAGAUGAAGAAAUGAAGCUUAAACAUGAGGAACAAAACCAAUUCCUUAAGGAAACCAAGUGCCUUUCAUUUCUCACGGGUGAAAAUCAGGACAAUGAAACACAAGCAUCUCUGUCACCUGGUAAGCUGAAAGUAACUUUUGAAGAACUUGAAAGACAAAGACAGGAAAACCAAAGGCGGCAAGCAGAGGUAGAAGCAAAACAGCGUUUAGAAGAGGAAAAACGUGCCUUUGAAGAAGCGAGGCAGCAAAUGAUAAAUGAAGGUGGCCAUGAAGAAUCUGAAAAUUCUGGUAGAGAAUUCCGUCCUGGUAAACUUAGGCUCAGUUUUGAGGAGAUGGAAAGACUGAGGAGAGAAGAGGAAAAGAGGAGAGCAGAACAAGAUGCAAGAAGACGUAUAGAAGAAGAGAAAAGAGCAUUUGCUGAAGCACGGAAGAACAUGCAGGUGCUGGAUGAUGAUGAAUCACCAGAAAUGUUUAAAACAUUUUCUCAAGAAUCUCUCAUCCCUGGUAAACUGGAAAUCAAUUUUGAGGAGAUGCUGAGACAAAAGAUGGAAGAAGAAAAGAGACGCACAGAAGAGGAGCGUAGGCAGAAGUUGGAAAUGGAAAAGCAAGAAUUCCAGCAGUUAAGACAAGAAAUGGGAGAGCUGGAAGAGGAGUCUGAAACUUUUGAGCUAAGCAAAGAAUAUGAAGAAUUAAUAAAGCUAAAAAGAAGUGGUUCUAUUCAAGCGAAGAAUCUGAAAAGCAAGUUUGAGAAAAUAGGACAAUUAUCUCAAGAAGAAAUACAGAAAAAGAUUGAAGAAGAACGAGCCAAAAGAAGAGCAAUGGAUGAAGAAAUAAGAGAAAGGGAAGCUGAGAAGUUUCAAGAGGAUGACGAGGUAGAUGUGAGACCAGCCAAGAAAUCUGAGGCUCCAUUUACUCAUAAAGUAAAUAUGAAGGCACGUUUUGAGCAAAUGGCAAGGGCUAGGGAAGAAGAAGAACAGAGGAGAAUUGAAGAACAAAAAUUACUCCGCAUGCAGUUCGAACAAAAAGAAAUUGAUGCUGCAUUACAGAAGAAAAGGGAAGAAGAAGAUGAUGAUGAGGGAAGCGUUAUUAAUGGUUCUACUUGUGAAGAUGAGGAAGAUCAAGCUCGAUCUGGGGCUCCCUGGUUCAAGAAGUCACUGAAAAACACAUCAGUUGUUGAUGGUGAGCCAGUGAGAUUUACAGUUAAAAUUACUGGAGAACCAAAACCUCAAGUCACAUGGUGGUUUGAGGGGGAAAUGUUGCAGGACUCUGAGGACUAUCAAUAUAUUGAAAGAGGAGAAACCUAUUGCCUUUAUUUGCCCGAAACCUUCCCAGAAGAUGAAGGUGAAUAUAUGUGUAAAGCAGUCAACAACAGAGGCACAUCUGCUAGCACCUGUAUUCUCACCAUUGAAAGUAAGACUGAUGACUACUAAUGCUCUACUUUAUCUGGAAUCUUUCUUCCCCUCAAAACUUUCUUACUGCAUCAUCUCUUUUUCUGAUGGGGCCAACUAAAGAAAGCAAGGAUAUGCGUUGUCAUUCCUGCAUCAGAUAUGAAUAACCUUCAAGUUGUGCAUCCAGGUUCCUUGCUCAGUACAGAAUUUAGUAUGGCAGGCUAAAAAGAAGGAAUCAAUGUGUGAAAGAUCAACUAAAAGAAAAAACUGAAUGAUAGUAGCGCUCCCAUAUUUGAAGACCAACUGUUGUGUAAUAGAAUAAAGCUAAAUACACAAUCUGGAAACUUUUGUAGUAGUGUAAAUCUACUGGUAUAGUUUUGCAUGAGCACUAAAUAUUUAAGCUGUCUUACUUUAUCCCAGAGGCAUAGAACUGGCAAAAGGAAAUACUUAUCGAUGAUUUUUCAAGAACUCAGUGUAUUAUUUUUAAACAAUAAAAGAUUACAUAACUGCU